ACGACUAACUGUCAAUACAAUCAAAGAAGAAGAAGGAUGAGGCGGACGUGACAGAGAGCGGAAGUAAAAGGAAAAAGCUCGAAAUUAAAUAUUUUAUUUUAAGAACAUGUAUUACUGGCGUAUCGAGGGCAUAGUUAUUUUACACUCAAAGGCUGACAAUAUUAGUACACAGGGCGGCAGAUAUCUUUUAACAAUUUUUACGUCAAGUAACUACUGCCAGAAUGACGUCACUUAAGUAGAAAUGAGUGGAGAAACAACAGCGUGUGCUCAAAGAUGCUUCAUCGUGUAUUGCCAGCAUGGUUUUGGUUUGGAUCAGAUCGCGCUGGGUACUGUUUGGGGACAUGUGUCUGCACCGCGCUCGCGCUUCUGACGUACGCUGCGGGCGUCCAGGCGAGUCUCACCGUCGGUCCGGGUGGAGACUUCCCGAGGCUCAGAGAUGUGCUCCUGUACGCCUUCAGUCACGACGAGCUGCCCUCUCUGCUGGUCAGCGUCGCCCUGCUGCUGAUGGUCGGACCUAGUCAGGAGCGUCGCUGGGGAACAGUGGCCUUCCUCCUCCUCUCCAUCCUGACAGCGACCGUGUUACCUCUUCUUUACACCUUGCUCCUCUUUGUCGGCGGGGCUGGGGCGAGUCGCAUCUGCGGCUACUCCGCCAUCCAGCUGGCUCUGUUCGCAGCGCAGUGUCGUCAGGUGGCAAAGAGAAGGCUGCUGAGGUGUUUGCCAGUGUGGUUUCUGCCCUGGCUUCUUCUGCUGGCUGGUCUGCUGCUGCUGCCCGGGACACCUGCCCUGCUUCACUUCUGCGCAAUACUCAUCGGACACAACUAUGCCAUGCCAUUCAUUGGGAUACUUCAGGAGCUGGAGGAGGCCUGGGUCUUGGACUUCAUUCCCGAUUGGGUGUAUGUUCGCUCUUCAGCCAGGUUGAGACUGCCCUUCUGCAUCACCUCACAGAGGUCCCGUUUUCUGUCUCCGCCUGAAGAUAAGGCAGCUGCCCCCCCGAUGCGGGAUCAAUUGAACCAUCAUCCAUGGGAGGAUGGAGUACCUGCUUGGAUAAUGAACCAGUCUGCUGCACUGUCUGAGGCAGAAGUACUGGAGGAACAGAUGCUAAAAGCAGGAAUUCUGGCCUCAUUACAGAAUGACCCUGACCACCCUGAUUCAAAAGUGGAGGUGGCCAAAUCAUCAGUUUCCUCUCUGCGACUCCAGCAGCUGGAGAAGAUGGGCUUCCCCACAGAUAAAGCUGUAGUGGCAUUAGCUGCCUCAAAACAGCUGGAUGGCGCCAUUUCGUUGCUGAUUGAUGACAGCGUUGGAGAACAGGCCGUGGUGGUAUCCAAAGGGAAGACUACCUCCCACUGAAACACUGUGUAAUAAGCUGUGAUUACAUUAUGCUUGGGUUUUGCUGAGCUUUCAUAUUAGAUUUCCCCUGUGGGCUACUACUGUUAUCAAUAGGUAUGGGGGGAGGAAAUACUCAAUUUGUUUUUUUGCCACAACUGUACCUGAAAUAAUGUAUAGAAGAAUAUCUAAUGCUUUCAGAGACACUUUCUGUAUCCCUGCACAGUGUAAAUUAGAGCGAGUAGAAGCCAUUUAUUUAUGCUAUUAAAAAGUUUAACGAAAGCGGUAAUUGUCAGGAAAAAUAAAGAGAGCCGACAUGUUAAUAAAAAAAAACAGUAUGCAUUA